GGGUUAGAGCAAAGCGGUUUGGGUGUUCGUUGGGGCUGCAGUUUUGCUUUGCUUGGUAGCUGCGGCUUUUCCUUGGGCAGCAGGAGCGGCGCGGCGAACGAAGAACGGCUUAAGACUUCGGCGUUGGGUGAAAGAAAAUGGCCAGAACCAAGCAGACUGCUCGCAAAUCCACGGGUGGGAAAGCGCCCCGUAAACAGCUGGCUACUAAAGCUGCCAGGAAAAGCGCUCCCUCUACCGGCGGGGUGAAGAAACCUCACCGCUACAGGCCCGGAACCGUUGCGCUUCGAGAAAUCCGUCGUUACCAGAAAUCCACCGAACUUCUCAUCCGGAAGCUGCCUUUUCAGCGGUUGGUAAGGGAGAUCGCCCAGGAUUUCAAAACAGACCUGAGGUUUCAGAGUGCUGCCAUCGGUGCGCUGCAGGAGGCGAGCGAAGCGUACCUGGUGGGUUUGUUUGAAGACACUAAUCUGUGUGCCAUCCACGCUAAGAGAGUCACCAUCAUGCCCAAAGACAUCCAGUUGGCUCGCCGGAUACGGGGGGAGAGAGCUUAAGUGAAGGCAGUUUUUACGGUGUUUUGUAGUAAAUUCUGUAAAAUACUUUGGUUUAAUUUGUGACUUUUUUUGUAAGAAAUUGUUUAUAAUAUGUUGCAUUUGUACUUAAGUCAUUCCAUCUUUCACUCAGGAUGAAUGCGAAAAGUGACUGUUCACAGACCUCAGUGAUGUGAGCGCCGUUGCUCAGGAGUGACAAGUUGCUAAUAUGCAGAAGGGAUGGGUGGUGACUUCUUGCUUCUCAUGAUGCAUGUCUCUGUAUGUUAGUGACUUGUUGGGUAGCUAUUAAGGUACUAGAACUGAUUAAUGUGUACAGGGUCCUUUUGCAAUAAAACUGGUUAUGACUUGAUCCAAGUGUUUAACAAUUGGGGCUGUUAAGUCUGACCAUGCAUCACUGUGAUAGAAUGCGGGCUUUUCCAAGGGUGAAGAUACAAGUCUUAACCACAGUGUAACUUACAGUUUCCUUAAAAAAAAAAAAAAUUAAACAUGGCAGCUAUAGAAUACACUAUGUGCAUUUAUAAUAGCUAUUUUAUAUAUUGUAGUGUCAACAUUUUUAAAUUAAAUGUUUUACAUUCACAUGUGGGGAGUCUUGUCAUUAAGGUGUGUGUAACUUAAGGUCCAGUUGGUUUUCUCCUCUAACUAAACUGCACUUGUUUCAUAGUAGUAAAAUGCUUUGUAAAUUAAUACCUUGCAUAAGUCCUCAUUCUACCACAUGUUAACUAACCCUCUAGCUGAUAACGCAAACUAUCGCGGGGAUUUUAUUUAUAAGGGCUCUAGAAUAUAAUACAAGUUAUUCACACCAGCAUCAUCUAUUACUAACAUUCUGAACUAGUUCAGCUUUUUUGUGUUGUGGUUAGUUUCAUAACUAGGUUGAGUUUUUCCUCUACCAAGAGGAAACAAUACCCAAGUUCCUUCCUUGUGGAGUUUGUGUUAUAACCCUUAGUGUGAACUUGCCACCAUGGGGGUGGGGCACGCGACUCCAGCUUAAUGAUCUCUGCCGGUUCAGAUGGCGUCCAGUUAGGUUGCAUCUGGUGUGGUCCUGGGAAAAUCACUUUACAGAGAUGGUCUUCCAAGUGGUUUGAGAAUUUAUCCUUCUAUUGAAGUUUUUAGGUCAAUUAUGUAUGUUGACUAAAUUUGCAAAUAAACUUGUUUAUCCAA